GCUAUAAUACUGCUCUUCCUCUCGGACAGAUCUGUAGUUACAAACGAUGAUCAUCCAUUAGCUCUGUUAUGUCUAGUCUGUUUGUUUUGUGCAGAUCAGUUUUCUUUGCUCUGGUGUUAAAGCAGGAAAACAGACAUACUGCUUGGAGUGAAAUAUUCAUGAUGAAGAAGCUUUUAAACAGCAUCACAUGAAGCUAGAAACACCAGCGUCUAAACCACAGACAGACAGAUGCUACUGUAUAACCGGGCAGAUAAAGGAAAUCUUAUAAAUCUGUUAUGCUAAUGAGCUUAGCAUCUUAAUGAGGCAAGAUGUAACAGUGUUUAACGUGGAGGACUCUAGUGAGAUGAUCAUCUGAUCGGUGUCUGACACGUCAGGAAUACUCGCAUUCUUCCUCAAGAGCUUUAUUCUGUGAUUGUGAGUGUUAUUACAAUGGAUAAAUCAAAAACUAAAAAUUUUCUAAUAAAUCUAAUAAGAUCUUCAAAAUGUGAUUGAAAAUCCUAGAUUUGUGCUCGGGGCACUGCCGACGUUCUUCUGAGCAGAUUCAGUCAUUCUUGACACACCUCACACAACAAGAUAGUCUUUAAAAGCAAGAUAUGUCAGAUGUAAAUAAGAAGUAAUCUGAGACAUAUGAGGCUGAUUAUGAAGAGCUUUAAAAGUAAGGAGCAGAAUCUUGUAGCCAAUCGAGAUGACAGAGAACAGAGGAGAUGUGCUCGAUGGAGAAGGUUCUAGUAAUUAUACAGUCACUUCUGGACCAACUGAAGUAUAUGAAGGAGUUUGUGAGGAAGUUCAAACUGAAGAGAGAACUAGAACAACAGCUGUGGAACUGGAUGUGAGACGCUGGAGUAAUAUUCACAUGCUUUCAAAAGACAAAGUUGUAUCAAGGACAACACUCAGAUUUUUAAGAUAAGAAAAUGAGGAGAUUAAUGAGUUAAAAAUAGAAAGUAAGAAAGUAAGAAGAACCUGUUUUGUCUAUAUUCAUUUUAUGAGUUUUAAGAGAUUUAAUCUCUUUUAAGCAAUCCAAAAGAAAGAAAAAUAGAAUUUGCCUCAGAGGGCAAAUAGAGCUGGGUUUUCUACACAUAACAACUAAACCUAAUGCCAUAUUUCCUAAAAAUAUAACCAAGAGGUAAUAAGUAAAAAAUAAAUAAAAGAGGGUCCAAAACAGAGCCUUGGGAAAACCAGCACUAACAGACGAAGACAAUGCUCUGAUUCCAGUUCCAGUUUGAUUGGAGUAAUCCCAUAAUCCUAGAGUCCAGUGACGUGCUCUGGUCGUAAGCGUUGUUCCUGCGCGUGUGUUUCAGGGAAACGCAGACAUGAACGCGGCUCCUCCUGCAGGAAGUGCUCUGGCCACACCCGCCAGCACCGCCGGACCAACCACGCCCAAGAAGGGGCCGCCCAAGUUCAAGCAAAGACAGACACGUACCUUCAAGAGCAAGGCCCCCAAGCCCGGACAGAAAGGGUUCGGUGAUGACAUUCCUGGUAUGGAGGGUCUCGGCACAGACAUCACUGUGGUGUGCCCAUGGGAAGCGUUUGGAGACAUGGAGCUCAGCGAUCUGGCCAAAUAUGGCAUUAUAUAAGCUUGGCCUCCUUCAGCCCCGCCCCCUCACCCAGUGGCCCCACCUCUUUUGCUCAAUGUUGUCGUGAGGUUAUGAUGUAUGAUGGUAAAGGACUGUUUCAAUGCAUGGUUACUGUCAUGAUUGAUAUGAUUGCUAUUGUCAUUAUUAUUAUUAUUAUAUAAUAUUUUAUAUUUUGUAUAUGCUGUGAUAAGACGACAACUUAUCCCCUCCCACUCCCCAGCUGUCAAUCAACAUCCUGAAAUCUAGUCAUCAGGGUUAAGACACGCCCCUAGCUGCGACUUCGCCCUUAUUACAGAAGGUGUGUUUCCUGUAGCAGCGAUGACUGAUGACAUCACUUCCUCUGUCUCGUAGAGCCUGUCCCAUAAACACAUUUAUAUUAUUAAAUGUGUCAUGUGUGAUUACCGGAGUAGAAAUCCAAUUAAAGUUUCUAUUUUCACUAACUCUAUUGACGUUAUUGCACUAGAAUAAAAGCAAAUAUCAUAACAUGGUGAUGAAUAUCAUUACAUACCAUUCUGAAAAGCACAUUAACAUACUGAGUCAUGAUAAGAACGAUUGGUGUGUUUGCUCAUGUGUGUGUGUGUGUGUGUGUGUGUGUGUGUGUGAGAGAGAGAGAGAUAGAGAGAGAGACUGUUCACAUACACAUAAUGCAAAUUCAGGAAGAGCAGGAAGAAAUCUGUUCAGUUCAUCAUCUGUGCGUCCCUCC